GCGCAACCCCGACGCGCCUGGUUGGCUGCGACCGAGACUGGGGGCCUUAGGUAGACCCGUAUUGUGGAGCUGCACGCUUCGAAACCCACUUCUCAAAGCGGAAAUCGAUGCGAUUCAGGCAUUGAAUCUGAAGAGAGGUUGAUUUCAGGCAGCAACAUUCUUGAUAACUCCACCAAUAGACCAUUCAACUCUUGUAGUACACAGCAACAAAUACUUGAGCCCAGCCAUCCCAUCUCUGCCUCUCCUCGAACAACAGCAAACCAACAUGUCCGACGCCAAAGCCCCCACUGAAACAUACAAAGCAUCCUGCCACUGCGGUGCCUUCGCGUACACCGUCAAAACCGCCUCGCUCGCCCACGAAACCACCGAAGUCGUGCGUUGCAACUGCAGCAUCUGUCUCCGAAACGGCAUCUACAACAUCUACGUCCCAGACGACGACAUCACAUUCACCACCGGCCAGUUCGCCGACUUAAAGAGCUACACAUUCGCAACGCACUCUGUCGCCCACCGCUUCUGUCCCACCUGCGGCAGCUCGUGCAUGGCGCGCAGCAUCCGGCCGGGCUUCUUCGACGGCGUGAGUAUCGUCAACGUGCGGAUGUUCGAGGGCGUUGAAGUGGAGAAGUUGCGGUUCAAGGAGAUGGACGGGAAGAGCUAUACCAAGGAGAAGGCGGAGGCGCGGGUAGCAGAGAUCGAGGCCGAGAAGGAGAAGGCCGCGGCGGAGAGCGGGGUGUGAGGGCUGGCA